AUGCCACAAGAAUAUUUAAAUGUAAUAACAACUCUUUUUAAUAAAUGUGCAGAAGCAGGAGAUUUUUUUGAAAAAGGUAAAAUAGCAAAAGGAAUUUGUUUAUCAAAAGAAGGAGCUUUUCCAACGGAAGAUCGUCUUCGCUCUAUUUCGUUACUACCUAAUUUAGCUAAAGUUUUGGAAAAAAUAAUAGCUGAACGUAUUGAAAAAUGGUGCAAGGAUCAAGGAAUCUACGUAGACGAGCAAUCAGAGUUCACCACAAAUAGACGAUUACAAACAAGAAUUCUUGCCCUACUCGAGGAUCUCAAAUUGAAAGUAGCAGCACCGAAUAGACCAGCACUCACAAUAUUUGUGGACUUUUUGACAGCUUUUGACCGUAUGUGGUAUCCGGCUUUAAUGAAUUCUCUCGACUAA